ACGACAUAUAUCUACGAAUUACGAUAUUCAUAUUUCCGUCCGUCAUGGCAAAAUAACAAAAUGGCGUGUAUUCUAUUGUGGUCAAUUACAGUGAAAUUUUAGUUACAACAUGAGUAAUUACGAAGACGAUCAGAGUGAGGAUGGUGAAUUAGCGCGAAGUCCCGUUCAAGACGAAAUGGAUUUUAGUUUAUCUGAUGAGGAUCGGGAUAACGCCGAUGCAUUAGUCAUUAAACCACCCCAAGCCGUUAUUCGAUCUCAUCGAGACAAAAGAAGCCAUAAACGAACAGCGAAAGACAGGUAUAAGGAAAGUGUCAGGAAGGAAAAGAAACAUCUUUACAGGGAACGUGAUAAGUCGGAAAAAACAAAACGUGAUUUUAGUAAAAAUUUAGAACGUGAAGAUAUUCCUAAAGAUUACUAUAGAGAGAAGCAAUACUAUCGUGAGAAGGAAGUGUACCGAGAAAAGGAAAUGUACCGAGAAAAAGAUGUCAGAGAAAAGGAAAUGUACAGAGAGAGAGAGAUAAGGGACAAAGAUAUUUAUAGGGAGAAGGAAUUAUAUAGAGACAAGGAUCCGUACAGGGAGAGAGAACAUUAUAGAGAGCGUGAAAUGUAUAGGGACAAUGCAUCAUACAGGGAGAGUGGUCGACCUAAAGAAGCAUACCGCGAAAAGGAAGUUUAUAAAGAGAAGGAUGUACAAAGGGACAGAGAGUUAUAUGUAAAUCGAGAUAGUCGUCAGUAUAAAUAUGAAAAUGAUAGAAAGCGUAUAGAAACUGAUAGAAUAGAAUCUAGAUUAAGAAUGUUGGCAGAAGAGGGGCGAACGCAAAAUAAUGAAAAAGAGAAUAGAGAUAAAUCCUCCGGCGAUAAAGAAUUAGAAGAUUUAAGAACUAGGCUACUAAGUAAAAGAAUAUCAAAAGAAUUGCAAAGUCAAGAAACUAAAAAGCACACAGACUAUGAAAAAGAUACAAAAAAGCACUUGGAAUAUGAGAGAGAAAAAAAUUCAGACCGUUAUGGAUCCCUUGAUAAACAUCAGCAAGAAAGAAGAAAGAGGCUAAUAGAAGCAGAAAGAGAAAUGGAAAAAAGGAAACACGAGUCUCGGGCCGAGCUCGAGGCACGGCGUGAAGAACGUCGGCGACGCGGUAAGAAAAGAUCUGUUUCACCCGAUGAAGUGUCUAGUAAGAAGAAUAAGACUGACAAUUCCCCAACUUGUGAUGAGUCUGUCGUUACUUUGUCUGAUGCUAGUGAUGUAGAAAUGAAGAGUGAGUCACCACAUUCUGAGCCAGAAGAAGGUGAACAUACUAAUACUGAGACAGAAGAGGAAAGUUCAGAUACUGAAUCAGGGUCAGGUGAUUCAAAAUCUGAAGAUGAGAACAGAGAAGAAAAGUUGGAGAAAGACGACAUAGUAGAAGUUAAUAAUGAGAAGGAGAAGUCUGAACAGAAUUCUAAAUCUCCCGUUGGUUUAAAAACAAAUAAUGAUAGUCCAUCGUCGCAUGAAUCUGCUCGGUCAAGAUCAAGAUCAAGGUCAAGAUCAAGAUCAAAAAGUAGAAGUCGAUCACACUCCUUUUCUCCUCCUCCACCUGAUGAAAAUGGGAAAUCAAACAUUGAAGAAGAAAAACCUCAUGAUGAUGAGGAUGUAAGGUUGAGAGAAGAAGCUAUGAAUGCUUUACCCCCAUACUUUCCCGCACUGCAGGGAUGUCGUUCAGUUGAGGAGUUUCAAUGUCUCAACAGAAUUGAAGAAGGGACUUAUGGAGUUGUUUACAGAGCACGUGAUAAGACAACAGAUGAGAUUGUUGCUUUAAAACGACUAAAAAUGGAGAAGGAAAAGGAAGGAUUUCCUAUCACCUCAUUGAGGGAAAUCAAUACGUUACUUAAGGGCCAGCACCCGAAUAUAGUGACCGUGCGUGAGAUCGUCGUCGGCUCGAACAUGGACAAAAUAUUUAUUGUAAUGGAUUACGUCGAACACGACCUCAAGAGUCUCAUGGAAACUAUGAGAGGAAAAAAGUCGGUGUUUUUACCAGGGGAGGUAAAAUGUUUAAUGACGCAGUUAUUAAGAGCAGUCCACCAUCUUCACGAUAACUGGAUUUUACAUAGAGAUCUCAAGACCAGCAAUCUCUUACUUUCGCACAAAGGGAUAUUAAAGGUGGGCGACUUCGGGCUGGCGCGCGAGUACGGCUCGCCGCUGCGCCAGUACACGCCGGUGGUGGUGACGCUGUGGUACCGCGCGCCCGAGCUGCUGCUGUGCGCGCGCGAGUACUCCACGCCCAUCGACAUGUGGAGCGUCGGCUGCAUCUUCGCCGAGUUCAUCACCAUGAACCCGCUGUUCCCCGGCAAGUCGGAGGUCGAUCAGCUUAAUAGGAUUUUUAAAGAUUUAGGGACACCUUCAGAACUGCUUUGGCCAGGAUAUAAAGAUUUACCCGCCGUGCAGAAGAUGACAUUUGCAGAGCAUGCUUCAAACGGAUUGCGUCAGCGAAUAGGAUCUGACUUACUCUCUGAAACUGGACUCUCGUUGCUUCAGGGAUUCUUAACUUACAACCCUGCUAGAAGAUUAACAGCUGAUGCUGCUUUAGAACACGCGUAUUUUAAGGAGCAGCCCACGGCCAUCGAGCCGGCGAUGUUCCCCACGUGGCCCGCCAAGUCGGAGGGCAACCGCCGCAGCACGCACAGCCCCAAGCCGCCCGCCGGCGGCGCCGCCUACGCGCAGUUCGCGCGCGCCGACUCCGACGAGUCGCUCGGCUUCCACGUGCAGAACCGCUCGCUCAACGUCGCGCCCGGCUUCUCGCUCAAGUUCUAGCGGCCAUAGUCGACGACUCCCGCUCGACAAAGAAAAUAUAUGAGAAGGAUAGAAUAUAGAAUCCCAUAGUUGCUAUUUUAUCAUCCGGUCUGGUGAAAGAAAUAAAAAUCGCACCUCACUCCGAUAUAUUUGUUUAGUCCGUUUAAUUAAGAAAAUAGAAAGUGUAAACCAUCAAUUAAUUUUUGUGGUCAAAACGAGACCCUCUCUGCUGUUUGUUGGUGUGAGUGGGGUAUUAAUUUUUCGUGGUGUGUACUGAUUGCCAAGUCAGGCGGUAUGCUUAGUCACAGAUACCGAGCACGAUCACGUGUUAGUGUAGUACAUGCUUUAUAGUAAAUCUUUCUGUAGUGACAUUAAUUGACUCAACCCUCAAACUAAAAAUAUUAUUAUCGCCUGCCUGUUGCCCUAAUUGGUUGAUCGGCGUCAUAGCGUAUGCUUUAGUCAGGUACACGAAAGCUUGCAUCUGAACUACUUUGAUUAAACAAUAGCUUACUUUUAUGCUCCACUAUAAUGCAUUGCAACAAUACCAGAAAAAUAUACUGUCGAUUAGUAAGACCCCGUACAAUAUUUGAAUUGAAUGAAGAGAAACAACCUUGAAGGCGAUUAAUAAGUUUAUGCAAGAUUUUUGUUUUUACAAGCUAAACUUUUUUGCGACAGACUAUAUAUAAAAUUAAUUACGUGUACACGCAGACAACUUAUCAUUGUAUAAGUAUGUUUAGUGCUGAAUUCCACGAGAGCUGGUUUCUUUAGUUGAUUGAGAAAGUGAGAGAGAGAGAGAGAUGUAUUUUUACGUUUUAGCGAUAACGUUUGACGUAGACAACUUAAUAACAUUAUACCUACUUUUUAAAUUUCUUGUGUAAUGUUACGCAAAAAAAGUAUUAGGAUGUCCGUAAUUAAGAUAUGCUGAAUAUUCUUCUAUAUCAGUCUUUUGUAAAGAAACUGGCACGAAAAGUAUAUCAUAAAGCUUAUUUAUUAACUUAUACUAAUUUAAAAAUGAUAACGAUUGAUAUAGAUAAACAAAACUGGGAUAUGUUUAAUUGAAACAAUACUUUUUAAUGAUAUUUAAAACUGUUCCACAUAUUCGCUGAAAGUAAAACAGUUGAAACUACUAAAAUGUGUUCAUUUCUUAAAAUAUACAAGUAUUUAAACAUUUGAUAUACUUUUGUAAUUAUAAUGUACAUAGCAUACAUUUUUGCAAUCAUCUUCAAGGAGUCAUUCAUUUCAUUUCAAUUUUCAUCAUUGCAUAAAAAUGUUUAAACUAAGAAACUAAAUAUAUCACCAACAUAAAAUAAAGCAUGGUUAUAAUUUAAUCGUCUAAAUUACAAAAAUAUGUGAAUAAUAUGAAACCUAACAUUUGUAUAACAAUUUUCAGUUUAUAUUUUAAUAUAAAUCAUGAUUUAUAUUAAAUACAGUAAUAAGUUGUUAUAUGAAAAAAAAAAAAAAAAAAACUGAAAAUUGCUACUCAACUAUUGUCUGAGAAAAUUGUAUGCGUAAAUUCUUAUAACAAAUAUUUUCAUAUUUUGAAAACCAUAUGUUAUUAAAAUUGAAAAGGAGAAAACCUAAUUCUAUGUAAUUACCAACACAUGUAAAUAUUACUUAAAACUAAAUAGGAUACCUUUAAAGGGUAAAAUUAGUCUUAGAUUAAUAUGGUACAAUAUAUGUUUUGACAAAAA